AUGAAUACAACAGUUAUGUCUAAUUCAACUCAAGCGCCCAAACUUGGAUACCAUAAUGUUUCAGAUUCGGUGCGUCAAAAUGCCUCUGAUAAUGAUUACGAUACUAUCCAACUUCUACAUAAAACAACCAGCUACUUGUGGAUCAUUUUGUCCCCGGUCCUACUAGUAAUUGGACUAUUUGGCAACAUAUCCAUUGUUGCAGUGCUCGCAAAAUUAAAAUUCUGGAAGAAACCUACAUAUAUACUUCUUUUUGCGCUGGCAUUGGCAGACAUGACCGUGCUGUGUGUUGGCCCCACGAGAUACUGGACAAUAGAAGUGUUUAACAUUGACCUCAGAUCUUUAACAAAUAUAGGAUGCAAGGUUAAUGUAUUUGUAAUAUACACGUCCAUGCAGUUUUCAUCGAUGAUACUGGUUUGCAUUACGUUUGAAAGAUUUCUUAAAACAAGAUUUCCAUUUCGAUACCACACGAUUGUUUCAAUAAAGAAGACCAUUGUUUUGGUAAUAUGCAUCUUUCUUCUUUUGGCUGGUCUGAAUGUUUUUUGGUUUAAAACACAAGGACUAGUCGAUCUUGAAGGAGAACUCUCUUGUGAAGCAACCACAACAGAUUUUUUCUGGUUUGAAGAAUUUAUCUAUACCUACGUAGAUCUAUUUGUACUUUCAGUCUUUCCUUUUGUAGCCAUGGUAAUAAUGAACAUUUUCAUAAACAUGGUUUUGAUAGAAUCGAAGGAAUUAAGAAAAGUGUCGGUAUCUGAUGAGUCAACUAGGAAAGAACUCGGAAAAUUCAGCAGAGUUUUAACUCAGAUGAUUCUCUUUACAAGUUUAUAUUUUCUAGUGGCUACAAUCCCCGUGUCUGUAUAUUUCAUAACAGAUUCAUAUCUAGCUCCUGAUGCGGAUGAUCUGACCCUUGCAAAGAUGGAUGUUGCCUGGGCGAUGACCUAUCUAUUCAUGUUCUCAAAUUAUGUUGUUAAUUUUUUCCUGUAUAUGAUGACAAACACAGCAUUUAAAAGAGCUUUCCUCGAGAUAUGUUGUUGUGUCGUCAACAAACCACCGACAAGAAGAGGCAGUCGAUUUGUGAGUACAACACAAGUCUCUUAUAUAAAAUCAACGACUGAGGGCGAACGGAAACUACCUGCGAUAUCUCAGUCUACUGGAUUUGAUCCUAUUUAACAAUAACUGUUUUGCUGAUUCAGCCAAACAAAUAUAUAACUGUUUAUUAUAUUGAUAUAUAUUAUGAUGAAAUUUGUUGAUAACACUGUGUGUUUUAAUCGACAAAAUGUUAUUAUUCAUGUUGAAUACAAAUAUUGAGUGCAUUUUCAUUUAUAAUAUUAUUAGUUUCGCUCUCACCCCAUAUUGAAUUUACUGACCCCAUAUAUAUCGUAUUAUGUAACUAGCACACUAUGUAACGAAUUUAUCUUACCGACUAUCUUAACAUGUGGUAUUUAGACUAAGAGCAUAUAAAAGUGAGCAACUCUUCAAUACCGUUAGUAUUAAGAACCUACUUCCAUUGGUCCACACAAAAACAAAUGCCGACAAUAACAACUUGUAAGCUUAAAAUGUGUUUUAUUAAUUUAUGUCAAUCGUUCAUCAUCCUGAUUGCAUUGUCUGUUGAAACCUUAAAAGAUUUUUCAACAACGUGUUGUUUUAUAAAGGGACGUAACACUACUACUAACCGUGUAUUGAAAUAAGCCCUGCCUCCCUACUAACCUAAUAUGGAAUAUACAUGGUCUCCACGUGGUUGCUUUUAACCAAUCAUAUUCCUAGAAAG